AUGGCCACCCUUGACCCCAGGGCAGGAGGCUCCAAUAUGGCAUCCUGCCCAAAGAAAGGGAGGCAGACAAAAAGUGUUGUGUGGAAGUCAAGUGGGGACAAAGCUAUUCCAGUUGUUGGUGUUCUGAUAGUGGCAGCAGGAGUGACAGAGGAANNNGAACUUCAACUGCCCCUUUUCUACCUCUUCUUAGGGAUUUACGUAGUGACUGUGGUGGGAAAUCUUGGCAUGAUUGCAGUAAUCAAGAUGAACCCUCAACUUCACACCCCCAUGUACUAUUUCCUCAGUCGUUUGUCCUUUCUAGAUUUCUGCUACUCUUCUGUCAUUACCCCCAAAAUGCUGGCAGGGUUUUUGUUCAGGGAUAAAACUAUCUCUUACUCUGAUUGUAUGGCUCAGCUCUUCUUCUUCCUUAUUUUUGUCAUUUCUGAAUGCUACAUGCUAGCAGCCAUGGCUUACGAUCGCUACGUGGCCAUCUGCAGCCCACUCCUCUAUGCCGUUAUCAUGUCCCCUCAGGUCUGUUCUCUGCUGGUGGCUGCUGUCUUCUCUGUGGGCUUCACUGAUGCCGUGAUUCAUGCGGGCUGUAUAUUAAGGCUGUCUUUCUGCAAAUCCAACAUCAUUAAACAUUAUUUCUGUGACAUUGUCCCUCUUAUUAAACUUUCCUGCUCUAGCACUUAUAUUGAUGAGCUCUUGAUUUUUGUCAUUGGUGGAUUUAACAUGGUCACCACCAGCCUGACAAUCAUCAUUUCGUAUGGUUUUAUCCUUGCCAGCAUUCUCCAUAUCCGCUCUAAAGACGGCAGGUCCAAAGCCUUCAGCACCUGCAGUUCCCACCUGACAGCUGUUCUGAUAUUUUAUGGGUCUCUCAUGUCUAUGUAUCUUAAACCUGCUUCUAGUGCUUCACUGGUCCAGGAGAAAGUGACCUCAGUGUUUUACACCACAGUGAUUCCCAUGCUGAAUCCGCUGAUAUACAGUCUGAGGAACAAGGAAGUAAAAAAUGCACUGCUGAAGCUCUUAAGAAGAAAAGUGUCUUCAUAAUGAAUAUGCUCUUUAACGAGAGUUAUUUAUGGAUUCACAAUCACGUUUCCAUGUAUGUGUUUAUAU